AUGCCUAGAAUUAUAGAUGAUUUAGAACCAGAGCCUAAAAAAUGCGAACAGGAGUUUGUCGAGGAUGUCAACAGCCCUGUGGAAGAUAACAGCUCUGGGACCUCACCCACUGGCAUUUCUCCGGCAGAAAAGUUUAGACAAGAAUCCAGCUCUAUACAUACCGUCAACGGUAAGCGUGUUUUGCAAGAAUAUGAGGUAUACGAUAAGCUAGGUUACGAGUUUCCACAGUGGAAAAAAUGGAGUAUCGUUACCGUUAUAUUUGUGUGUCAACUAUCGAUGAACUUCAAUGGUAGCGUUUACCCUCAUGCACUAUCGCUUAUUUCCAAGGAAUUUCAUGUCAGUUCACAAGCUGCCAAUACCUCUCAGAUGAUUUUUAAAGUGGCGUACGGUUUUGGUUGCGAAUUGUGGGCACCUUGGUCGGAAGAAUACGGUAGACGGAAUAUCAUGCAACUAAGUUUAUUUUUUACGAAUAUUUGGCAGAUUCUUGGUGGUAAGGCUCCAAAUUUUGGUACUAUUAUUGUGGCAAGAUUCCUUGGUGGUAUUUCUCAAGCAGGUGGUUCAGUGACUCUUGGUGUUGUCGCUGAUAUGUGGCAACCACAAGACCAUGGCUACGCAGUUGCUUACGUGGUGCUGGCAUCCGUUCUCGGCGCUGUCAUUGGUCCUGUAUUUGGUGGCUUAAUGGAGGAGCAUCUCUCUUGGCACUGGAAUUUCUGGAUCCAACUGAUCUUUGGCGGUGUUACGCAGCUAUUACAUUUCUUUUUAGUUCCAGAAACUAGGGCUAGUGUGUUAACAGACAGAGAGGCCAAGCGUCGUCGUAAAUCCGGUGAGGAUCCAGAGAUAUAUGGUCCUCAUGAAGUGAAAUCCCUUGAUUUUAAAGAGAUUAUGCGUACCUGGUUACGUCCAUUUUACAUGUUUCUUUGUGAACCAAUUGUGCUUUUCUGUUCAUUACUUUCCGGUUUUGCUGACCACUUGAUCUUUAUCUGCAACCAAUCUUUCACUCCCAUCUUCAAACAAUGGCACUUUUCUACAACGGCUUGUGGUCUGAUCUUCAUUACUUUGGUAGUUAGCUACGCUAUUGCAUACCCUCUCCACUUGAUCGAUAUUUACUACAUGAGAAAGAAAAUGGACGAAUUAAUGCAUAGUCCUAGGGGUCCAGAACGUCGUCUUUUGUUGUUGCUUUACCUCGCCCCGUUACUUUCUAUUGGUCUUUUCGGUUUUGCAUGGACGUCUAUGGGGCCAUCCUACACCCCAUGGAUUGCACCAGCUAUUUUCAGUACUGUGAUCGGUAUUGCCAACUACAGUAUUUACAUGGCUACAAUUGAUUAUAUGGUGGCAGCAUACGGUCCUUACGCAUCUUCUGCAACAGGUGGCAACGGGUUAGCUCGUGAUUUACUGGGUGGUAUCGCAGCCAUGUAUGCAGGCCCUUUGUACAACAACAUUGGCGGUAAGUUCCACUAUCAAUGGGCCAGUACGCUGUUGGGAUGUCUAUCCAUUAUUUGCAGUAUCCCAAUUUAUAUCUUUUACUGGAAAGGUCCACUUAUCAGGAAGAAAAGUAAAUUUGCUCAGGAAAUCGCAAGAUCUCUGGAAGAUGAGAUGGAGCAUGUGCAGCCUGGCCACACUGAUAAAACUAUUAACGUUCAGAGCAAUCCUAGUAAAGAAGUCUCUGACAAGGUUUAA